AUGGCUGAGCCAAGAAAUUCCGAAGAGGGUAAGGCAGAUGUCAGCCAAAUGGAGCGUGUCUUGACAGGCGGUUCCAAUGGAGGCGCCGAGAAGCCUGUUGCCAAGAUUGGCAAGGUUGACGAGUUUGGGGCGCAUACCAAGACCGACCCAAAGGAGAUCGCGCUCGUGAAGAAGAUUGACUUCUACAUUCUGCCUAUUCUCUGGAUCAUGUAUUUCCUCAAUUUCCUCGACCGAAACGCAAUGAUCAAUGGCAAGCUUAAUUCGCUUUCCAAAGACCUCAAGCUGAAGGGAACUGAAUACCUCUGUGGUCAGAUCCCCUCAAACAUGAUCCUGAACCGAGUGCGACCCUCCUGGUACAUGGCGGGCUUCAUGUUGACUUGGUCGAUAAUCAGUCUGCUUACGUACCUUGCACACGACUACAAGACAAUGCUAGUGUGCCGAUUCUUUCUCGGUAUCACAGAGGCUCCGUUCUACCCUGGCGCGCUUUAUAUGCUCAGCAUGUUCUACACCCGCAAGGAAAUCGCAACGCGCAUGGCUAUUUUUUACACUGGCAACAUGCUAGCCAGCGCCUUUUCUGGUCUGAUUGCGGCAGGCAUAUUCGCCGGACUUGAUGGGAAGCACGGCCUUGCAGGCUGGCAAUGGUAUGAUAGAAUCCGGCUCAUCCCACCCAGAUCGUGGACUCACAGUGGUAGGCUAUUCAUUGUCCAGGGCACUGUCUCCAUUGGUGUUGCGCUCGCGGCAUUCUACUUCCUCCCCGAUGCUCCGCUUCAGACUCGCUGGCUCAGCCCUGAGCAACGACAAAUGGCACACCAGCGCAUAUUUGACGAUACGACCGAUCGUCGCGAGGGAGGCACCAGUGUCUGGAAAGGAUUGCGCGAGGCUUGUACCGAUUGGAGAACAUGGCUCUUCUGUCUCAUGGACAACCUGCACCUUUCCGCAAAUGGUUUCAAGAACUUCUUGCCGAGCGUUGUCAAAACUCUCAAGUACAACACCACAAUCACAUUAGUUCUCACGUGCCCGCCGUACAUUCUAGCUGGCAUCAUGAGCAUUGUUGUCUCACAUUCCUCAGGCCGUUUUAAUGAACGCACAUGGCACACAACAGUGAGCAAGCUCAUCGCUUGUGCGGGCUUCGCCAUGGCUGUGGCCACACUCAACACCACAGUUAGAUAUGUCGGUAUCAUGAUUUUCGUUGGAGCAACGUAUGGGGUGAACAAUAUCAUUCUCGGAUGGACCUCAGCAACUUUAGGCCAGACGGAUGAGAAGAAGGCCGUUGCGAUCGCCAUGGCCAACACAUUUGGGAACCUUGCUAGCGUCUACACUCCGUACUUGUGGCCAGAUUCAGAUGAGCCAAGAUACUUGACUGCAAUGCUAGCUAGUAUCGGCUUCUCUCUCGGUGUCAUUGUUUGCGCCUGGAUCAUGAGGAUUGCGCUACAGAGGCAGAAUAGGAAAACCUUAGCAUCUAACCCAGAUGCCAUGAACUUGUAUGUCUACUAA